CACAGAACAAGACAAUCCUAAGCGACAGCUCCCGAUUGCCAAGUUACUUGUAACCAGGUUCCACCUCACCUCCACCUGCCCCGCAUUCUCACCCUACCCCCUACGGCAAGAGGUUUCAGUGUUUUUGAGCUCUGCUGAGGGCCUCUCGUAGUGAUGGCAGACUAAGAUUGGGGGCCUUGCUUACGCCCAAGUUGGCGCAAGUUGGCGCGCUCGCUACAUUUGGGGCCGGUUAUGUGUAGCAGCACCACAAGUGAAAGACAUGAAAGGGCGGCAAAGAAAACAACGAGUGCCGCUGAGCAGCGUGCUGCUUACUGUAAUGCUCUGCUCAAUAGUUCAGCCCGGGCGAACAGAGACCACGGCGUCUUCACAUGAUGCAUCAUAUGCUGACUUGCCAGUUGUGGCGGACGAUUCGCCCUGCUUCACCUUCUCCACCGACUCCCCAGCGCCGCUGCUGCUCGCGCCGGGACGUGGCGGGGGCUUCGCCACGCUCCGCUCCGCAGGAGGCACGGGCGCUGACGGCAACGCCGCAGUCCUCAUCGACCUCACCCUCACGUCACCCAGACUCAACCUGGCACACGCGCCCCUAGCAGGCGCCACAGAGGGCGGCCACCGCACGCUUCCGCCCACACACGCGGGCAGCAACGUGCGUGCACGGCUGCUCACGCGCAUGCCUAGCACCUGCGCCCACGUCGCGGACGCCGGCGCGGCGCGCGUGAGCGCCGGACUGGCCGCCGGCUGCUCUGAGCGGCGGCUGCGGCUGUCGCUGCCUGUGCCGCCGCACCUGUUCAGCUGCGGCCCGGGCGCCAUGGCCUUCAGCCGCGUGUUCUUCCUGGUGCUGGAGCUGGACGCGGUGGAGCAGGCCUGCCACACAGCCGCGCCCUCCCGCCCGGUGUACGCCGGCCCACUCGACAACGCUCUGGCUGGAGAGGGCGGCGCCGCCGGCUGCUCCUUCAUCGUCCUCACCGCCACUUGCGACCCAGACACCUGCCCCUCGGACCCCACUGGCACCGCUACGACCUCCUCGUCCACGGCCUCCUCGUCUCCCACCUCCUCUGCGCCCAUGCCGACAUCUACCUCCACCGCGCUGCCAAGCCCCUUCUCCGCCGCCGCCGUCGCCACCGCCACCUCCUCGUCCACGGCCGCGGCGCGGCACCUGGCCGCCGUGUCUGCGGCGGCCACUGCCGCGGGCGUGGACCGGCCCACCGCAGCGCUGAGCGACCUUGCCGAUGGACCCGUUGCUGACGCGGCGGCGGCCGCAGCGGUGGCGCGCGGCGCCGCCGCCGUCCGCAGUGGCGGCGCCCUGUUGCUGCUGGCGGUGGCAGUGCUGAGCGGCAUGUUCAUCAUGCGGCGAGUGAAGCAGCAGAGCCGCAGCCGCAGCGCAGCCACGCAGUCUAAGGAAGGCGAGGCCGCAGCAUCAUCCACGACAACGGCCAAGGCAGACGGCGUGACGGGCACUGCUGGCGCAAGCCUGAUGCCGACGUUAUCCGAUGACAUGGACGCGGUGUCGUCCUGCGGCUCCGCUCCGACCUCCUCCGACGCCGCCACAAGCACCGACGGCAGCAGCGUCACCGCCGGCGACGCCGCCAGCAGCACAGCGGACAGCGCGCCGCUGCCGCCCAAGAUCCGCAGCUGCGGCUCUGCGGGCAUGCUAGGGCUGGCGCCGCCACCACUGCCGCCCGCUCCCUGGGCCCGCCGCUGCAGCCUGCCCGGCGACGCCUGCAGCUACAGCCACAGCGCCCGCCUGCCCGGCGCCCGCUCGCAGCCGCUGCCGCCAGCCGCCUUCAGUGCGGACACGUCACGCAGCAGCGGCGCCGGCGCGACCAUUGGCAGGCCGCCGGCACCACCCCAAUUCGGCUACGCACCGCCCACGCACCACGGCUCGGCCAGCGGCGCUCUGCCGCCCCCGCCCAUCAUGCCGCUGCAGCCUUUCAGCAGCUGCGUCAGCUGCAGCGGUGUCGGCGCCGGUCCCCGCUCCUCAUGCCGCCGUAGCAGCGACCCCGGCGUCGCCAUUGCAGGAUCGAUAGCGGCGCAGCAGCGGCGGCAGGGACGGACAGGCGCGGGCGCGGCGGGCACCUCCUCCUCCGGCGGUGGGGCGCUCCCGCCGCCGCCGAUGCUGCAGUCCGGCCCGCCCUCCGUCCGCUUGUCCGGUAGCGGCGCGCUCCCACCGCCGCCGCUGCACCACUAUGUGUUGCCCCCGCUCAGCGCGCCCGGGCUUGUGCCGAUGGGCAGCGGCAGUGCCAGCGGCAGCGCCCGUACCCGUGGCGGCGUUUCUUACUCCGUGCCUGGUUAUGGGGGUACGGUGUAUGUGGCAGGCGGCGGUGUGCAUGGCCGCCGCAUGAGCAUCAGCAGCGGCCUGGGUGUGGUGUUUGAGGAGCAGGGCUCGCCUCGCCACGCCUACACCUGCGCCGCAUCUGGCAGCGCCAAGGUUUCCGCGAGCAGCAGCGGCGUCGUAGCAGCACCCAGCGCGUCUUCCCUCGCCCCCGCCGGAGGACGCCGCGCCCAUUACACCAACUCUGCGUCCGGCGCGCCGCCGGUCGCUCGUACCGCCACUCCCGGGACGUUGACGCCUGCCGCCACUUCUGGAGCCAAGGUCGUCGUCGCCGCCGCUCGCACGAUGUCGCCUGUUCACAGCGACGCCUGCAGCAGCAGUGAGUCCGAGAGCGAGGACGACGAGGCAUCUGUGCUCCCGGCGAGCCUGGGCAGUGCCGACCGGCACUGGCACACGGCGCCCCUGCUGCCGCUGCCGCGGCGCCUGGAUAACAACUGCCGCGACAGCCCCUUUGCUGACGUGGCAGGUGCUGCGUUCUCCGGCUUCCCCGUCCUCAGCAGUCCUGGCAGCGCCAACUCGAGCAGCGUUGUGUCCGGCGACGCCAGCCACGAUGGCGACAACGACCCCGCCACUUGCGUCGCCUCGGCCCGGCGCUCGCUCCUGUGCCGCUCCAAGAGCACUCGGCGUUAAGGCAGUAGAGCAGGACGUGGUGAAGGAGAUAGUCGAUCAGAGUGAAUGGGUGUCGAGCGUGCCUGAUGGAAGUGCGCUGAUCCCGUCGAAUUCCAGCAAUAUCAUUGCGUUUGCUUCCAUGGGAUGCGUUAAGCGCUCGUAUCCACGUUACCACACAGAACUGCUGAGUAAUGCUGGGAGAAUGUUUCUCCUGUUUGGGCACUGGAGGAGGGCAAGCAGCCCGCAGUCGGGGCUUGCAGCCGAGCCUGGCACGCGCACGGCGCAGUGCCGGCCGACAUGGGAAUAGGCACGCACGUGAAGACAAGCAUUUCUACACGGACUCUACCACAGGGGUCAUGGGUACCGUGAUAACGGGGGCCAUACCCAUUUUCCAGUGCGUGCAGUGGUCCGGCUGCGCCCGGGGCAGCCACGAACAGGCAAGAAGUUGGAGGGAGCGAUCAUGGGAACAGAUCAUAGGAAGGGAAUACGGUAGAUACAAGGCGCAAACUAAAAGAGUUGUUGCGUUUGCUAGCAGCAAGCCUCCCCGUACCGCAUGCUGUUCCCGUGUGUGCGCGGCACCAGCGUACAUGGCGCAACUGGUCAAGCGCGUAGACGGCGGAAUCCUGCGGGUGGUGGCGAACACUAGUUAGGGUAAGACCAGUGCAGCCAUUGUGUCCUUCUUAUAAAGGACUGGGACAUGGGACUCUGUGUACAUAGGCUGAACCUGGCUGGACUUCGGCAUGAUGGUUCGAGGAGUGAGGAGCACACGCCGUCGUGUGCUCCUGCGCUUUUGGUUGUAAGAGGCCAGAUAGGACUGGAUAGGAUGACAUGUAGGAUGUGGAAUAGCUUUCGUGAUGGUGUGGUUAACAGGUUAUGCACACAUACAAGACCCCCAUACAUGCAUGACUAACGGAUACGCAUGUGGCACUGCGGACGUGCUUGCCCGUUCGCGUGUCUCAGUUUUCAGUAGCUUGCAUUUUCACACCGUCAUCUUAGUCCUUUUAUCCUUUACCUCACGCGUUGUGUGCUGCAUACCUGAUUACCUGUACAUGGAUAGUUUGGGUACAUUCUUAUGAUUCGCUUUGGUGAAGCCCGAAACAUCAUCGUCAAGCCACUUGUACGGCGCACGGCCUAGGUCGGAGGCAGUGGGUAUCGGGGCACAGCCAGGACCAACCCCUGGCAAGGACCUGCGACCGCGCAGCCACGCAUGUACCGGAACUUCAUGGACACACCACUGUAGUCGACACAGGCAUUAGCAUUGUGUGUGAGCUGAGUAAUCAGCAAUGUGGGCGUGUUUGGAGGCAUUGUUUGCAGUCGCGCAAUGGUGUAUUACACAGAGCGGUGAUGCGACCGGCGUUCAUUGUACUGCAUGACGUAUGGCAGUAGAGCACCUUACUCGGCUGCUCGUGCUGCAUGCUGCAUGCAAACCAUUCAACCGACCUCACCUCGCGUGCAACCUGCCGCUGCGGUUGGCUGCCGAGCCGGCCAGCAGCAUGCUGCCGUUGACACGUGAGUUACCACAUUCAAAGUAACCAUCGUCAUUUUAGUGUAUGUGCAUGUUGCUGCGAGCAUUGGUUGCAGUUGAAUAAGACAUGCAUGGGCCAUGCGCUUCUGGUACUGUGGUAGCUUUGUGGCUGGCAUUAGGAGCAGGAGCAUCUGAGGUGGUGGGACGAUUCCUGGUGGCCUCGAGCCUAGAGGCCAGGCGGUGGGUUGUUCGGCAGAUGCUGCGCCCUCAGCACUUGUACAGCAUGUUUGGUCACGUCCUGUCAGUAACCGUUUUGCACGUGCUCGCAUCGUGUCAUGCCAAAUAAAAGGCGGCGCGGUGCGGCUUGUUGUUGGAGUCUUCCGCCUGCGCUAGCAGGGACAGGUAUAUGAAUCCCCUGUUUGUCAUCACUCGUUUUGGCAUGGGUUUAGUACGGUAUUGACAGCUAGAUAGUAGUGCAUCAGGACAGCACAAUGUUGACUGUUUCGUGGCAGGCGACGGUGUCUUGCAGGGGCUGGAAGGGGCUGGAGGCUUCUCUCCAGUGACCGGGACAUGAGGUUGCUGCGAUUCUGCGUCAUGCUUGCGCUUAUAGUGAUCUACCUUAUGUAACCUGAAAUGCCU